AUGGGGAGAGGAUAUGGGCCAGGCGGUCCCUCGAACGAACCAUGGAACGCCUACGGCGCCCAGCAACCACCACAUGGCCAGCAACAACAGCAACAACCUCAUCAACAACCGCCUCCUCAACAACAAUUCUACAGUCAAAUGCCCCAGCAACAACUCCCACCACCGCAACAACAUCAACAACCACCAAUGGGAAUGUAUCAAGGACAGGGACAAGGGAUGCCUCCACAACAACAGCAACCUACAUUGCCACAACAGCCACAAUAUCCGAUGGGAAUGGGUCAACAAUUGCAGCAGUCAUUGCAAAAUCCUCAUCCGCAGCAGUCAUUGCAAAAUCCUCAACAGCAGCAGUCGAUAAGUGGUCAAGCGAGAGCUCCACCACAAGGCUACAACUCGCCAGCGCCGAUGGGUUCAGUUGGAUCGACCGCGCCCGCCUCGCAACAACAACAACCGGCGCAACCCCAACAACAACCGGCGCAACAACAAGAGAUCAAGUUUCGCAACGAGUUGCAGAUGUACCCAGAGCAGAUUCUCAACAAUUUAGCCACGUACGACGUUGCGCAGUUGUGCACAAUUGGGAAAGAGAUCGUGAAUGAGUUAAAUGCGAAGACGUCAACCUUCUGUCAGCUGAUGAAGGUGAUCUCAGAGAAGCGCCCGAGCAAUCAGCAAUACGCGUAUAUCAACUACUUGAUGGAAUAUUGCGAGUUGCUGUUGAAGAAGUUGUACGAGAUACGGCUGAGGAUCGAGAAAGCGGCACCUGGGAUAAAAAUGGACCCGGACGAGUUCAUUAAACGAAUGAGUGAAAGCGAGAUGCCGAAAGUCCCUGAGAAAUUGGAACAAGUGAUUGCCGAGUUCGAACGAAAACGAAAACAAUUGGUGGCGAUUAGCGCGGAGAUCAAGCUGUUCGAUUGGACCGCCGCCGUGACCGACCCGGCCACGUUAAAGAGUCGAGAACGCGGGGAAAGGAGAACCGUGGCUUUUAAAAUUUGUGCCAAUGCGAUCUCCAGAGCGAGUUGGCGGUGGAUUGCAGGCUCCGCACGGGAAGCGAGCACGAAAUCGUGUCAACAGCACCAAAUCAACAAAAAGAGAGUUAUCAAAAGUCUUGAAGUGAAACAAAGGCCAUUACAAGGAACACUUCGAAUUACGCCAAAGUUUUACUACUUUCGAUGUCUCUACUUGGAGUGUUGCGAGCAACCAGAUCUUUCGCUUAUCGUACCAUACUCAUACUCGAGUGUGUACACUUUCUAUGAGGACCAGCUCAUCGGCAUGUUUUACUCAAUUUUGUGGGGGGUUCACAACGGCUUCAAACGGAUCGACGUCUCUAUUUACCAUGAAAGAAUUUGUACAUAUCUACGACAAAGUGAUCCGACGAUCGUGGGCAAGCAUCCGAUUAAGAAACCGGAGCUUGUCAAAGCAUUGAUGAAAAUGUUUCAAACGAAAGAGGAGGAUUUAUUUCAGGUCCAACUUGGUCUCCGUGCCUGCAAAGAUCCGCUCUACGAAAAGCCACCACCAGGGAACAAAAUGAGCGAGUUGCGCUUUUUGGAUACAACGCGUGAUAUUUCAGACUUAGUUCAGCAAGUCAUUGAAAGAAAUCCUUUUGAGAUCCCGGAGCUGCAAGAGAGAAAUAUUCGCGAGGCUUCAACGAGGAAGCAAUUCAAAGAUUUGAGAGAAGAAGGAAAGAAAGUCGAGAAUCCGAAUAAUUCGGAAAUUAAGCCAAAUUGGAAAAAUAUUCAAGCAAAAGUCGUUCAAAAAGCAACAAAGCGAUCAAUUAUCAAAACUCCAAGUGGAGACCUGGAUCUCACUAGAUCGGCUAUCGCUUUUGAAGGGAAAUUUUCGAAUUUUCGGAGGCCAGGUUUUUGUCGCCUCGACUCUUUUGCAAUGGCGCCUCGAUUCAGCUUCUAUGCGGUGGCCAAUGGACGGAAUACUGGCAUCUACUCAUCUUGGGACGAGUGCAAAAAACAAGUUGAUGGCUAUGCAAAUGCCAAGUUUAAGAAGUUUGGCACUAAAAUGGAAGCGCUUGAUUUUAUUCGAGAACAUGAUCAGCUAAAGGUUUGUACAAAAGUCAUCCUGAAGAAAAAACAAGUACAAAAGAGUGACAAAAAGGAAAAAAAGAAAAUUCAAGAAAUGUUGUUGAAAGUGGAGGAGUCUGAGCGGCGGGCAUCAACGAAAGCAGAGGAUGGCUACGAAAGAAACACCGCCGGAUUCGUGGUGGUUUACACUGAUGGCGCUUGCUCGAACAACCACAAGCGAUCAAAAGCUUUGGCUGGUUAUGGAGUUUUCUGGAACGAUGAUCACCCAGCUAAUGAAAGUGGACCGGUGACUGGUGAACAGACGAACAAUCGGGGAGAGGUCACGGCCGUAAUUAGAGCUAUCGAAAUUGCGAUGAAGAAUGGUCUUGAUGCGCUUUGUGUUCGCACUGAUUCGCAGUUUCUGAUCGACUCUAUGACUAAAUGGGUGAAAGGCUGGAGAAAGAAUGGGUGGAAAACGGUCUCCGGGGAACCAGUGAAAAACAUCGAAUUGAUGAAGAGGUUGGACGAGUUGACACAAUCGAUUCAGGUUGUUUACGAGAAAGUCCCGGCGCACUCGGGUGUUUAUGGGAAUGAGAUGGCCGAUCGACUUGCCGUGCAAGGAUGCAACUUUGUAGGUUUUUGUCGCCUCGACUCUUUUGCAAUGGCGCCUCGAUUCAGCUUCUAUGCGGUGGCCAAUGGACGGAAUACUGGCAUCUACUCAUCUUGGGACGAGUGCAAGAAACAAGUUGAUGGCUAUGCAAAUGCCAAGUUUAAGAAGUUUGGCACUAAAAUGGAAGCGCUUGAUUUCAUUCGAGAACAUGAUCAGCUAAAGGUUUGUACAAAAGUCAUCCUGAAGAAAAAACAAGUACAAAAGAGUGACAAAAAGGAAAAAGAGAAAAUUCAAAAAAUGUUUCUGAAAGUGGAGGAGUAUGAGCGGCGGGCAUCAACGAAAUCUGGGGAUGGCUACGAAAGAAACACCGCCGGAUUCGUGGUGGUUUACACGGAUGGUGCUUGCUCGAACAACAACAAGCGAUCAAAAGCUUUGGCUGGUUAUGGAGUUUUCUGGAACGUUGAUCACCCAGCUAAUGAAAGUGGACCGGUGACUGGUGAACAGACAAACAAUCGAGGAGAGGUCACAGCCGUAAUUAGAGCUAUCGAAAUUGCGAUGAAGAAUGGUCUUGAUGCGCUUUGUGUUCGCACUGAUUCGCAGUUUCUGAUCGACUCUAUGACUAAAUGGGUGAAAGGCUGGAGAAAGAAUGGGUGGAAAACGGGCUCCGGGGAACCAGUGAAAAACAUCGAAUUGAUGAAGAGGUUGGACGAGUUGACGCAAUCGAUUCGGGUUGUUUACGAGAAAGUCCCGGCGCACUCGGGUGUUUAUGGGAAUGAGAUGGCCGAUCGACUUGCUACACAAGCAGCGUGUUGCGCUCGGCAGAAAAACGCGGACAAAGACUGCAAACGGAAAUUCUGUGAUUUUCACGCGAUCAGCCAACACAAUGUACUCCAUUAUUUGAACACUUGUUCACCCCGGGGUGACACGGUUCAAUCCAUGUGGGAUUGUGCUUCGAGUCGAGUCGAUCACACCGAGUGCUGCAAGAGAAGG